AUGGGUGGCCAGUCGGACGAUUCCUCUUCGGCAGCUCCUCUCGGUUUCCUUGCGCCUCUGUGUGUUGCGGUCUUUUUUGUCUUUAUUUGGGCAGCGAUCGGCACCAGGCAUAUCUUCUGUCGCCCUCCCCAACAAGCCGGUGUCGCUUUUGACCUGGAAAAUGGACCUCUUUAUGUGCGCUCGCCUCCUAUCGCAAGAAACGAUGUCGAUAAACUAUUUCCUCUCAUCCAAUACAGUGUUUGGUGGGAAGAACGAGAUCGUCAACUUGCCACCACGCUUACCAGUCAAUCCAGCGCUUUGAGCUCUCCGACAGAAGAUGAAAAGGGUAAAGAGCGCACGGUCGCUCCUGGUGGCGAUGGCCAGUCCUCGCCGUCAGACAAUAAAUCAGACGAUAUUUCUCACAACCUGGUGCAGAAUGGUAAUGAUGGGCCGACAAAGGUGCCGCUCGAUACUGGUGAAACCCACUCAUUGUGUGCCAUUUGCAUGGAAGGGUUCAGCACCGCCGACCUUAUCAGACCCCUGACUUGCGGGCACAUUUUCCACUCGGGGUGCGUGGAUCCAUGGCUCACCAGGCGCCAGGCUUGCUGUCCUUUGUGCAAGAUGAGCUUCUCUAGACACAGAACGCACACAGAGGCAGGGACACAUGUCAGUCCAUUCAUGGUCCCUGUACUGCCUGCGAUAGCCUUGGUCAGAACCUCUAUACUUCCCCAUCGGGUUUGA